AUGGAGAGGACGGGGGGAAGCGGCGGGGAACUUCCGCGGCGAAGGGGGGCGGCGCUAGUGCUCCUGUGCCAGUGUGGAAGAUGGAGGAAGCCAGAGAGAUCGGGAGCUCUUCGCGGCCACAGGACGGCCACGGGAGACCUGAUUCCAGGCGGCGCCACCGCCGCCGGCCGUCGCUUCCGUUCCCUUCCGCCGGGACUGGCGGCGCCGCCGUCUCCGCGAGGAAGCUCGGCGCCGAUCUCUGGGAGAUCCACGACUUCCGACGUCCCCGGAUGAACCGGAGGAUGGCCAGAACUCCCCACCACGACGAGGAACUUCCCGCAGACCUCUCCGAAAAAGAUGUAAGAAAUCAGCGAUCUCUCAUCAUUGCUUUUCAUCAAUUCCUCUGCUAUUUCCUCUGAACAGGGCGUUUCCUAAAAUAAUCUUCCGAGCUCGAGGUUGAAGAAUCUGUUCCUCCACCCCGGGGGGGUCUUUGAAUCAGAAUCACAAUCCUCGAUUCUAUGAUCGCACAACUAGAAAACCAAGCUGAAAUCGCGUAGUUUCAGGCUAUUACCUUCUAUAUCAAAUCCUCUUCCAUAGCCACUUCCUCUGUGCGUGAUUUCCCUCAAUUGGUCUUGGUGUUCUAUAACCAUAUGGCUGUUUGAUGAGGAGAAGAUCAGACAUCUGUUGAUUGAAGAAAGUCCAGAUCUCAGGGUAA